AUGGAGAGUAGUGGUUAUGAAGAAAAAAUAAAAGAAACGGUUGAAGUAAACAAGCUACUGUGCUUUGCAUGUGGUGAGCAAGGAGAGGUGACAACAAUGAGGAUUACAGCAGUGGAACCCGAGGAGUUUGUUUGUGUAUUUACUUGUGGAGCAUGUGGGCAAAGGCGUGUUGACCUUUUUGAUAAUGGAUGCAAUUCAACAGGAAGUGUCUGCAUAGAAUGCGACUUUGAUGAUAAAAGCGAUCUUUCCAGGGAAAUAAACUUGGCUGCAAUGGCAUCAGUAGAAAUAAUCUCUGAGAAUUUUUCUUACAUCUAUGAAAACAAUGCGCCUCAAACAUGCAUAGUUGAGUCUAUACUUAUAACAGCAGAAGAUCAGUUGAAGAAUAUUUGUGGAGAAGGUGAUUGCACCAGUGGAUUUGGCUUAUCAUUUGCUGCUAAUAUUCAGGCAACUUAUGAAGAAUGUAAGAAUAAGCUUGAGCAAGUCAGAGAGCUUAUAUCAAGUGAAACUCCGAAAUUCAAGAUGAUCAUACAAGACAGCAUAGGUGUUUCAAGAAUUGCAUCGGUUGGAAAGAAAGCAAUGCAAGACAUAUCGUUGGCACUGAAUACUGAUGAUUCAAAAGUAAAGUAUACAUUCAGGGAGCACUCAGAAGAAUAA